AUGAAUCCCCAAGUAAAAGCGGAAGAAACCGACAGCACUGAGCCGGAAUUCGAGCCCGAGCAGCUGCUAAUAUCCUUCGACGACCACAACAACCGGAGCGAGGCCUGGGACGUCAUACAGCAACAAGCACAAGCACAAGCUGGAGCUGGAGCGCAGCCUUUCACAAUCCCCCCUCCACCGCCUGCAGGUGCGGAGCAAUUCCACCACUGGUGCAUCGAGCGCCACGGCUGCUGGGCCAGGAACGGCGCAUGGAUUAGCGACACGUACCAUGAGGUCUACCAGCUAGCGAGUCUCGACGGAAUCAAGGCAUACUACGAACGAGGUAUGGAGUUGCCACGCGGUAAUCGCGGUCUGAUCUUUGAACUCAUGGGACAUGCUGAGCCGGGUCUCCGGCUGUACCCCUGGGGCCUGCCUGCUCAAAAGCUGUACGACGGGAUGAAAUGCACGCAUGUUGAAGACAGAUACUACAGUCUUGACGUGCGGGACUUCCUCAUUGAUCUGGAGAAAUGGUAUUUUGGGCGGUCCGUUGAUGGGAAGAGGGAAUUGCAGGCGAUUCCGCUGUAUCGGUGGCCGCUUUCGAGGAGGAUGGCUGAUAAACGGGAUGAGGUUUUUGGUCUUGACCAGGGGAUGUGA